ACGUUUCUACUUUAACGAGUAAGGAAGUGUGUCUCCCAGCUUCUAAUCAAUCAAAGUGUUAUUUGUAAUGCGUUCUUUCUGAUUACGGUGGUCCUCAUUGAAGAACAGAAGGCUGUCUAUGCGUUUGGUGAACUUUAUAGCAACUUUGCCUGAAGUUGUAAACCUGGAGCUGCCUGUGGCUUUGAGCCUGAAGCUCCCAGCAGAACUGUCAUGGACUACUCUGCAUGUGGAAGGGCAGGCAAUGGCUUCCCUGCCGAGACUGCCGCAGAUUCCGCAGAAAACUGCAACAAGAAUUCCUCUACUGAUGCCAUGAUAGAAAAUGGGGAUGAGUGCAGCGAGCUCUCAAGAGAUGGUUUUAAUCCACAUAUUUCUUGCCCAACAUCCGGAGUUCAAGAAGGAAAACAAGAGACUACCAUGGCUAAAGAGGGUAUUGGUGCAGCUAUGAAGCAUCAAAUUGCAACUGAGACUGGUAUUGAUAUUACAGCACAGAUGUUGCCUUCUGGGGGAACUCAAAGCCAUGUUCAUGUGGUUAGAACAGCAGUUAGUGAAACCUCAGCUCAACAGCCCACAGAUGUUGGCCAAAAAAACAGCAUACUUCAUCAUUUAAUAGAUCCUCCACCAAUCUCUGUUGCACCAUUUUUUCAAGGGAAGCCCACAGCUAAUAUUGCUAUGCCAUUUAGUGUGGAGACAUGUUCAGAAACUGGAACAUCAAGUGUCAUCAUGGGCGAUGAUUUGGAAAUUUAUGAAAAUAUUAAACCUACAGCCUAUGUAACGAAAACCACAAUCUUUAACAAACUUGAACUUUCAGAAGAUGCUUUUGCAAGAAAACAGAUAUUCGGCGAACUAAUGUGUGAUCCACAGGGAACAAUUGAAUCGUUGGCAAUACACAGUGAAUAUAAAGGUGACAGUGGUAUAGGGGACUCUGAACUUCGAAUAGACAACACCACCGAUCUUUAUAGUGAUUUGGAAACACUGCAGCUAAAUACACUGGAGCAGAAUAAAAAUUAUUUGAAAAUCAGUAAAAAAAUUAUGAAAAAUGAAGAUUUAAGUGAUGUUUAUAUGAGCUCACCAGAAAAAUGUCAACUUAAAAAAUGUGAUCCUGCAGAAGAAAUAACAUGUAUGUGGGUAAAACACUCUGAUCCAAAUGCACAAAGUCCUUAUAUACAAAGAUCGAAUGUCAAAGAUUGUGUCUCAGACAAAUUAUAUAAUGCAUCUUCUCUGGCUAAAGUAUGGCAUGUGCCAAGAUCUUGUCUGCCUGGGAAUAGCUGCAAGGGUAUGCCAACCUGUGGCACAGAAUGUGUGGGGAAAUGCUGUGGUGAGAUCCUUAGUGAAAAUCUUGUGACAUCAAAACUUUCAGGACCUUUAUGUGGUCCAUUUGGACAGCCAAUAAAUGCAUCUAUGUCAGUUUUCACCUCACUUGAACAGCAAAUGAAUAACCAAUGUCCUACACCCACUAAAGAUCAUAAUUCUUUUGAUGGUGAAUGUACUGAAGGAUCUGAAGGUCCGAAGGAUCUUGAUUGUGAUUUAGCAGAAGGCUACUUCACAAAAGUAAAGCACUGUGAAGAAGAUGGAAUAUAUUACUUUAAAGAAAAAGAACAACAGAACAAACCUCCCUUCAUUAGUGUAAAUAAGGACAUACACGAUAUGGGCUUUAAAAACACGGACACUACGCAUGUGGAAACAUGUUCUAAGGAAACAGGUGUUACACUUGGAAGGCUAACAGCACAGUUAGGCAUAUCCAGUGGUGAAGACAACACAAAUAUGUCCACUUCUGCUGAAGGUGACACUAAUAACUGUAACAGCAUUACUCUUGUAAAGCCAGCAUUCCAUAAAGACGGUGAGCUACAGGACCAUAUAACAUCUGUAAUUACAAUUCAAACCAAGGGCACAGAAAAUAGCAAAUUUUCACAUAAGUGUUCUCAGCUGGAAGAUAUAAAGGAGAUGUCAAACAUAAAAUCUGUGCUCUGUCAUAGUCCAUCCAAUAUGGGGGCAAACACAGAACUGGGGGUUCAAACCUCUGUGUAUACGAGAAACUCGACAGCAAUGAAGAAUUCUAUCAAGACAUUUGAACAAAAUGAUGCUUAUAGUGGUGUAAUGAAUGCAGAACAUCACAGAGAUAUUGAACUUUCUAAACAAAGACAGAAACCUUGUUUUAGAGACUCCAGGCACUCUUCUGAACCACCAUUCCAAAGCCUAACUUCUGCUGAUCCUCCCUACUAUAGCACAACCUCCUAUGAUUAUCCACCAUACCAGAGAACAAGCUCCUCUGUUUAUCAGAGCACAGUUUCCUUCCCUGAUCCAGCAAACAAUAAUGCAACAUCCUCUACUGUUCCAUCCUACCAGAGCACUGACUACUCUCAUGAUGUAUCCUACCAGAACAAAACUUCUUCUGAACCAGUUUACCAGAGCAUGACCUUCUCUGAUGGUCUACCAUACCAGAGUAAACCCCCCUCUGAUAAUGCACCAUACCAGAGCACCACUUCCUCUGGUGAUCCACACUAUCAGAGCACAACCUCAUUUGAUCAUUUGCCAAAUCAGAACACAACAUACUCUGCUGAUCCACACUGCCAGAGUGCAGCUUCCUUUCCUGAUCUAGUCAAUAACAACAAAGCCUUUUUUCCUAAUGCAUCUUACCAAAGCACAGGCGUCUCCACUUACCCAUGCUACCAAAGCACAACUUCUUUGGAUCCAGCCUACCAAAACAUGACCUCCUCUGAUAAUCCACCACACCAGAGCACAACCUCGUCUGAUGAUCCAAAACACCAGCGCACAAUAUCCUCUGAUGAUCCACCACACCAGAGCACAACCUCCUCAGAUGAUCCUCCAUAUCAGAGCACAACUUUCUCUGAUGAUCCACCACACCAGCGUAUAACUUUCUCCAAUGAUCCUCCCCAUCUGUGUACAACUUGUUUGGAUCCAACUUACCAAAACAUGACCUCCUCUGGUGAUCUAGCAUACCAAAGCACAAUAUCCUCUGAUGAUCCGCCACACCAGAGCACAACCUCCUCAGAUGAUCCUCCAUAUCAGAGCACAACCUCCUCUGAUAAUCCACCACACCAGAGCACAACCUCCUCUGAUGAUCCAAAACACCAGAGCACAAUAUCCUCUGAUGAUCCACCACACCAGAGCACAACCUCCUCGGAUGAACCUCCAUAUCAGCGCACAACCUCCUCUGAUGAUCCACCACACCAGAGUAUAACUUCCUCCAAUGAUCCUCUCCAUUUGUGUACAACUUUUCUGGAUCCAACUUACCAAAACAUGACCUCCUCUGGUGAUCUAGCAUACCAGAGCACAAUAUCCUCUGAUGAUCCACCACACCAGAGCACAACCUCCUCUGAUGAUCCAAAACACCAGAGCACAAUAUCCUCAGAUGAACCUCCACAUCAGAGCACAACCUCCUCUGAUGAUCCACCACACCAGAGUAUAACUCCCUCCAAUGAUUUUCCCCAUCUGUGUACAACUUUUUUGGAACCAACUUACCAAAACAUGACCUCCUCUGGUGAUUUAGCAUACCAGAGCACAGUAUCCUCUGAUGAUCCACUACACCAGAGCACAACUUCCUACGAUGAUCCACAACACCAGAGCACAACUUUCUAUGAUGAUCCACAACACCAGAGCACAACCUCAUCUGAUGAUCCACCACACCAGAGCAUAACUUCCUCCAAUGAUCCUCCCCAUUUGUGUACAACUUUUUUGGAUCCAACUUACCAAAAAAUUACCUCCUCUGGUUAUCUAGCAUACCAGAGCACAAUAUCCUCUGAUGAUUUUCUACACAAGAACACAACCUCUUUUGAUGAUCAACCGAACCAGUGCACAACCUCCUCUGAUGAUCCACCACACCAGAGCAUAACUUCCUCCAAUAAUCCUCCCCAUCUGAGCACAUCCCCCUCCGAUGACCCACCACACCAGAGUACAACCUCCUCUGAUAAUCCACUACACCAGAGCACAACCAACUCUGAUGAUCCUCCAUACCAGUGCACAACCUCCUCUGACAAUACACCACACCAGAGCACAAGCCCCCCAGAUGAUAUACAACACCAGAGCACAGCCUCCUCCGAUGAUCCUCCACACCAGAGCACAACCUCCUCUGAUGACACACAACACCAGAAAACAACCUCCACUCAUGAUCCACUACAUCGGAUCGCAGGCUCUAUUCUUGAUUCUUACUACCAGGACCCAGCUUCCACUCCUGAUCAAGCCAAUGAUAGGCCAAACUUCUCUACUGACCCACCCUACCAGAAUACAAUUUCUUUCGAUCCAUUGUGCAAGAACAUGACUUCCUCUGGUGAUUUGCCAUACCAGGGCACAACCUCGUCUGAAGAUCUGCCACACCAAAUUAAUAAUGUCUCUGCUGAUUCCAUUUGCCAGACCACAAUCUCCCGUCUCAAGCUACCCUACCAGAGCACAGCAUCCUCGCCUGAUCCAGCCAAUGAUAGUAUAAACUCCUUUCCUGCUCCAUUCUACCAUAGUACUGACUUCUCUUCUUAUUCACCAUCCCAAAGCACUACUUCUUCUGAUCCACCAUACCAGAGCAUGUCCACCUUUGCAGAUUCCCCCUGCCAAAGCGUAACCUCUUUUCCUGAUCAACCCUACCAAGUCACAAGCUCCGUACUAAAAUCAACUUUUCAAUUUAAUAAUACAUCACAAGAUCAAUCUGGUCAAAGGGAAAACAUCUACUUUGAUCUAAGCAGCCAGGGCUUAUGUAAUAACACUGUUACAGGUAAUCUAUGCACAAGUUCCUCUCCUGAUGUAACAAAACCAAUACAAGAUGAAUAUGGAGCUUUAGUCAAGAAGAAUGACUGUGCUUUCCUAGAGGAAUUAAGAAGAAUAUUUUUAGAUUGUCAAGGUCAAGGCUUAACAUUUUUAGACUCGGGGAUUGUCUUAACAAAAAAUGUGACUGUGGACAACAGCAUUGCUCUCAUUGCUCUGAGAGAUGGAUCUGAGCUGGGAAUGGUGGCUCCACCUUCAAAGCUUUUCUUCUACUACCAGCUGGGAAAACAUUUUUACAUCACUAAGCAGUUGAGUGAGCAGUGGUAUUGCGCUCAAGACCGAAUAACAAAAGUUACCAUGCUGAUGAAAAAGGUUCCUGUCACCUCCAACUGGAUGAAGCAAUUACAUAACUUCUUACUUCUCCCUAAGCACCCCAGACUUCUGACUCCAUAUGCGGCUAUCAGUAACAGGACUGGCUCUAUACUCUUUCUGAUGGAAGACAAACCCCUACUAGGCACUAGAACUUUGGAAAUGGCACCACUGAGGUACGAAGUAAACAUACCAGCAAGAAUUUGGGAAAUAAUGAUUUUUCUGGAAUAUUGCAAAAUAAAUAACGUAUUACCAAGAAACAUAGAAGAUUCCAUCUUGUAUACCCCACAGGGUUUAUGGUUUGACCCCAGCAGCCUUGAUAACAAUGAUGACCUCUACGAGCUUCAAAAAUGUCUAAAAACUUCUCUAUCGCUUUUUCUAUGUAGAGGACAACAGGAAUUUGAUCCAUGCUUAGAGGCCUUGCAUAGCAUCACGUGCCAUCUUCUGGAGGAAGACCAGAUACAUCAAGCCCAUUUUUUAAUCACAUCUCACCAAGGACCCUUCCCAUUUUCCCUUCCUCAUUUUCCAAAUAUGAAUUAGAUGGUUGAAAAUCUAGUUCAGAAAAAACACUUGAAGAACCACUUGAAGAAUACAUGAACUGUUAUGCUUUUCCAUUUGGUAGAAUAUAGCUUGUAGUGGAACAUCUAAGUACAAAGUGUAUAGAUUCAGAGAAAUAAAGAGGACAAUGGGGUCCUUUGUUGUAACUUAACUAUAA